AUGACUGACAUACGCGUGACUUUAGCCAUUGGAUUUGCACUUGUCCACAAGGACAGAAAAUUUGAAGACAUUGAAGUAAAUCAAGACUGGCCGCGUAUAGGCGUGCGCGAACCGUUUUUCAAGACACCGACGAUUUUACAGUACGAUGCCGAUAUGAAUGCUGUCAAAUGGGGCUUUCAAACCAUAAACCGUGGUCCUGGUCGCGGAAAAAGAAACGAUGAUAAACAUUUGCGCAUGGUAGAACUAUUCAAAUUGUACUUGUCAGAAGACGGUGAGGGCAAUAGAAGAAGAUUGCCGGAUGGCUUGAAAUAUGAGCAAGCGAUUACAGAUUAUUUAAGACAUUUGAAAAAGGAAAUUAUGAGCAAAAUAGACUCCCGAUGGCCUGGACUAGAAUAUUACUCACAAGUUAGACUAAUCCUUUCGGUCCCAGCAGAAUGGGGUCCAACAACGAAGAACACAAUGAGACAAUGUUGUCUUGAUGCUGGGUUAAUAGAUGACAUUUUCACGAAUAAUUUGGAAUUUACUACUGAGCGUGAGUUGAACGUUUUCGAGUUUUUUGCGAAUGGAAAUUCGGGAAAAAAGAAAUUACUUUUGACUUGUGAGCUUUCGUUGUUUUUAGCCGAAGCUGCCGCGAUAUAUUGCAUGGAAUAUUGUAAAGACUACAGUCUGAAAGAGGGAGAUACAUUCACGGUUGUAGAUUGCGGUGGAGGUACUGUAGAUGUAACAACGCGCGAGCUUCUCGCGGGCGAUAGAUUGGGAGAAAUAACAGAGUCCAAGGGUGACUGCUGCGGCGGCAGUUAUGUUGACCUCGCUUUUCUCAGAUAUAUCGCCAAUAAACUCUUCAUCCCUUGGGAUGUAAUGGAAAAUGUUAUGGCUACGUAUGCUAGCGCGAUCAAAUAUUUCCUCGAAGCAUUGUUUUGGCCAGUAAAGUAUAGCUUCACAGGCAAAGAAGAAGAUUUCUAUGAACUUUUACAGGGUAGUUUUGAGAUAGAUAUCGAAGAGGCGCUUCCGAUUUUGAGAAAAUAUGUUCCGGAGGAAUACACAUCGGAAUUGGAUGAAUACGAUUGGGUGAUCGUCAUUGGUUUUGGAGAUGUGAAAGCCAUGUUUGAUGGUGUCAUCGACCGGAUCCUUAAACUGGUCGGCGAUCAAUUAGAGAGUGCGCCCAAAGAAGUAUCUGCAGUAUUUCUGGUUGGUGGCUUUGGUGAAAAUAAAUAUGUUCAGAGUCGUAUUAAAGAAGCAUACUCUAAACCUGGACGGGUUAUUGCGGUCCCUGUUCAUCCCAUAACUGCAAUAGUUCGUGGUGCAGCUAUGUACGGCCUGAACUUUGAGACAAACAAAGAAUCCCCAUACUACGGAAUAAACCGUACUGUACAAAACCGGAUGUUAAAAUUCACUUACGGCACUGAAAUAUCUUCCGAAUGGAAACCAGGCGACCCGAUCACGCGUCGCACUUCGUCUAAUCGCAUAGUCCGGUUCUGUUGUCUUGCACGCCGUGGCACACAAAUUGAUGUUACUAACAAAUUUACGGACACAUUUGGUCCGGUCAAUCCAAAUCAAACGAAGCUGCCGUUCAAUCUGUAUUAUACAAGUGAGUAUGAUGCAACGUAUGUUGAUGAUGAGAACAUGUAUGCACUCGGGAAAUGGUCUGUGUUAUUGAACGAUGUCCGUCUUGGAUUAAAUAGACCGGUUGAAUUCUCAUUAAGUUUUGGAACAUCAGAAAUUAGAGCGGUUGCGAUUAACAAACGAACAGGUGAAAUGUAUCAUACUACGUUUGAAUUUCCAGAAUAA